ACAAACUACAAAUCUCAAUUUUUGUUUACAGAUUUCACUAACUGUAACACUGCAGUUAGUGCGCCAAGCAAUUAGAUCUAGAUUCAAGAUCUUAGAAUCUAGAAAAUAAUUCUACGCUUAGAUCUAGACUAGACUUAUUCAUUGAAAUACUUUACAAAAUAGACAGAAUGUCACUUGUCAUACCAGCAGGCGUUUUUUUGCUAUCACAAACAUCAUGGCCCGUUUCCUACAUGCUGAGCAAGCAAAAUCUGAUGGGAAAUCAAGCUUACGUAUUUCUUGCUGGGGUUAUCUGUUUGCUGUUAUCAAUGCUAGGACCCGCAAUACUGCUUCGACGACAAAUUAAAAAUGUUGAGCCUCUUAUGUAUGUUCUUGGUGUAUUUUGUUGGACAUGUAUGAUUGAUCUUGGCAUAGGGCUAGAACUGGAUCACUACAUUUCAAAUUUCAUUGGGUUUUAUCUAGCUGAAGGAGAGCCUUAUCUUCGAACUGCACAUGGCACUGUGAUAAACUAUUGGGAUGGGACAACACACUUUGGUCUUUAUUUGAUUAUCUUAACACUUUAUUCCCAAAGAAAAAGUUACAGAGAAUGUGCAUUAUUCUGGGUAGGCUCUAUACUGAACAGCAUGGUUGUUUUAUUGCCUGGUGGCAUUGCUGGAAACCAUCCUUUCAAACUUUCUAUAUUACUGAAUACACCUUACAUACUAGUACCUUUGUUUGCUGGAUUUAAACUUAUUCAUGAGCAUCCUGUACAAGCCAGAUCAUUUAUCAAGUUCAAACCCUUGUGGCAGCGUCCCCUAGAUUUAUUUUUCUUCUUGUUUUUUAUUGCUGCUAUAUGUAUUUCAAUCUUCCGUGGACUGACUUUGCUGAAUGGCAAUGCAGUGUUGAUGACUGAUUACUUGAAACAUGUUGAACCUUACAUGAAAGAUCUAUCCAGUUUUCCAAAGUUUCAGAUCCUGGCAUAUGGAUAUUUCUAUCUGGUCUACUAUUUUGCUGCAGCUUUUGGAUUGUUGUUUCCUGGCAAGCACUGGAUGGCAGAUUGGUCUCUUAUUCAUGCUGGUGCUGCUGCACAGGCUCAAGUCACAUAUAUUUGGGGCUCUCUACAUCACCGAACUCCAGGGCCUCUACACCCACCUCUAGAAGGUACAUCAGCAGUUGUAUUUUGGAGCAUAAACCUCAGCUUACUUAUUAUUCCGCUUCUUUUCGCAGUGAGAUGUUUGCAGGAUGUAGAAAGUUUUGGUCGUACGUUCACUGUUUAUCCCUCAAAGUAUGAAACACUGGAAAGAAAUGCAUCAGAGAAAAGUAAAAAGUUGAAGUAAAAUGUAUCAUAGGUAGUUUUAAAUUAUCAGCAAUGUAAUGUAACAGAUGUGAAUUUUUUGAAAGUUGAAGCAAUUAUUUUUAAACUACAUAAAUUUAUUAGUAAUGGUAUAAAAAACUGCUAUGUUGUUUUUAACUACAAAGCUUAAAUAAAACAGUGGUGUAAAAUCAUGACAUUGUAGGACUUCUUUAACAUAAGCAAUUUUUACAGUACAAAUAGUAAAAUAUUAUUUUCAGUACAACUUUUAAAAACUGUUAACAAUUUGUCAUGAUCAUUUAUACUUUUCUCAUAUCAUGUACAAUAUAUGUAUAUAAAUAUAUAUAUCUUUAUUUAUUAGUUAACCAUAUGAAGUAGUGAAAUAUUGUUUGAAAUUAUCUCACAUAUAACUAAUUUAUUUGAAAGACUUAGUUUUUAAGAACUUUCCAUCAACUUAUUCAAAUGAACAUUAAUGUUGAGUUUUUUUUUAGUAUUUACCAUGUGAUAUUUAUAUAGUAUCAGAAACAGGUUGUGAAUUGUGUAUUAUUACAUUCUUGGGGAAUGCUCAGCAGUAUUAUCAUAAUUUAAUCAAACUAAUGAAAGUACUGAUAUACUUACUAUUCAAUUUUAAAUCAUUAAAUAAACCAAAAAAUGUUAUUUGGUAAGGAACAUUGUUUUCAGUGUAUGCUCAAUAACUACUGAUUUUUUAAAACUUCCAUCUCACAAACUUAUCCAUAUACAUUAUUCAUUAACUGCAAAGUCAAAAGUACAUCAUUCCAAAAAAUACAAUCAUAAAUUUUUAUUAUUUCACUAGAUUUUUUAAAAUAAUUAUUUAAUUUCAUUAAAUUAUCACAGAUUUGUUUGGUUAUUAAAACUAUAUUUAAAAAAAAAAUCUCCAUUUUAGGACAUUAGUUUUAUUUGUAUUUCUCUAAUCUAUUUCUCUGUGGCCUGUGGAGUUUGGAAAAAUCCAUAAGUUCUCCAUUGGUUUCAGUUAGCUGUAAAUCCAGACCCAGCCAACUGUUGCUUUAUUCUAUACAUAAACCAGUUUCUUUCGUCCUUCUCUUCUGUGUGCCUUGUUCUCUUCAUCCUUAUUCGGUUUAAUUGUGUAAGCAAGGUUGUGGGGGGAAGGGGGUAUCAGCUUUUUAUUUUAUAAGUAUAUACAUAUAAAUUAUGAUUUUAAAUACGUACUAUUUAGGUUAUAUGAAAUUGUAAACAUAAAAUGACACACGCUCACUGUUGCAAAUAGUUGUAACUUAAUGUUAGACAGCAAGUAAAGGAGGCUUAUAAACCAAUCUUCCCAGAAAAUUCCCCUGCUUAAGCCACUGGUGUGGUCUAUCUGUUUUGGGGAUCAUCUGUGGUGUUCUAGGGAGGAAAGGUACCAGCUGAAAUUCUAUGCUCAUGUCCCAGUUGUUACCUACAGUGAUAAUGAAAAGCAACACUAUUCUCUUUCCAAAAAGACAUACCUAAUGCUCAAUAAAAAUGUAUUUAUUGCUUUAUAGUUAAUUAUAGAUCAAAUAUCAGUAAGAUAUUUUCCAAAAAUGUUUUUAUUAUAUUGGUUUGUGAACAAAGUUAUAAAAAAAAGAUAUUGUUAAAAAUGUAGGUUGUGUCCAUCCUUCUUUAGUACAGAUUAGAAAAAAAUUGUGUAGUUUAUUUUAAAAAUGUUUAAUUUAAUAUUAAAGCUGACCAAAUUAUUAAGAGUAAUGUUAUUGUAAUUUUAUACUUUUAAUAAUAACUUGCUAGAUUAGCUUCAUGUAGGAUGGACAGUGAUGAACGACUUUUUUGUUUUUGUAUUCCAUAAUAAGUUGUUUCAAUGCUAUUACUAUUAACUUUUACUAUACUUUAUAUUGUAAAACAAAAUGUACUAACAUUUCUGCCUUUACUCCCUAGCAAAACUAGUUUGAAUGUAUAACAUUUACCUAUAUAGUACUAGUAGUGAAUGUAGAUCUUUAAAGCACAUGUACCAAGCUUUAUAAACAUGUUUUAUAUUAUUACUUGUAUGCUUUAUUUUGAACUAGACAUUUACUAUAAAUCAUUAUUCAAGAAAACAUUACAUAUAAUGGUAUAAUCUUUAAUUUUGUUGUUGCUCCUUAAAUAUUUUAAAAAAUUAGAACAUUGUGAAUUAUUGUUUAUUGAUAUAAUUUUCAACAUCGCUAA